AGAAACAAAUAGUCGGAAACGUUACAUAAUUACUCAAUGGGGAAUCAAAACAGUUCAAAAUAAAAGUAAACAUUGCAGCAAGUUUGAAAGUUUGUUUCUUCGGCCACAAUAUGAUAAUUUGGGUGGUUUCCCUUUCAAUAUUCUGUUUAACUGAUUUGAUUUUGCUAACAGAGUGCUCGAAAAAUCAUCCUGCAAAUGAAUUGACAAUAGGAAUAAUUAUAAGAAGUCAGUCUAAUCCUCACCACAAUGCAUUGGCUGAUUUUAAAAAGAAAUAUAUUCUCAAGCAAGCUGAAAAAAUUCCAAACGAUAUAAAAAUUCGUGUCUUUAAAACUCAUCAAGAUUUUUUGAAUGCUCCAGGGCAUUGGACCAUUUUGCCAUUAUUUAAAAAGUUGCAAAGUUUACAAGAGUAUUCUUGGUUUAUAUUCAUGGAAGAAAAUACUAAUAUUCACCUAGAUAAUUUGAUUAAAUUACUCUCUAACUAUAAUAAAUCUGAGGAUGUAUUUGUUGGACAUGCUUUAGUUGAUGAAAACCCUACUAUUAUUCAUCAUUUUGCAGCAGUAGAAGAUUCUGCCCUCUCUUAUCCACAUUUUUCAACCGGUUUCUUUCUCAGUUCCACAUUAAUCGACAAACUGAAGAAAAAGUGUGAAAAUUGUGCGUUUUCCAUUGAUCCAAUGUAUGAGCUAGCUAAAUAUAUUUGGGAUACAGCUCACAUUAAACUGAUGCAUGAGUCUCAACUGUGUUUAAAGAAGGCACCAGGUUGUGCAACAUGGACUGAAGAGCCAUCAAAUUGUGGACAAUCAGUAAAAUCAGAUAAAUUGUUUGUUGCUGUCAAAACCUGUGAAAAAUUUCACCUAGAUAGAGUACAUGUAGUGAAGAACACUUGGGCCCCUGAUGUGCAGAAUAUCAACUUCUUCAGUGAUGCUAAAAAUGAAACCAUACCCACCAUCAAAUUACCAGUUCAAAAUGUUCAAUCAGGACAUUGUGAGAAAACUUUAGCCAUCAUGAAAUAUUACGUCCAUAAUAACAUCAGAGCAGACUGGCUUAUUAUUGCUGAUGACGAUACUUUACUUAGCUUUCCUAGAUUAAGAAAACUGUUAUCAUGCUAUAUUCCGGAACAAUUUGUUGCCAUUGGUGAGAGAUACGGAUACAGUGUCAUCGAUGAAAGUGGAUAUGAUUACUUAACUGGAGGCAGUGGAAUGGUCUUCUCUAUGCCGACUGUGAAACUCUUGGUGAGAAGCUGUUUUUGCCCAUCCAUCAAUUCACCUGACGACAUGAUCCUUGGAUUAUGUUUGAAGAAUUUAAACAUUCCAAUCACUCAUUCUCCACUCUUUCACCAGGGUAGACCAUCCGACUACUCAAUGAAUUUCCUGAAAAGUGUGAAACAUAUCUCUUUUCACAAACAUUGGUUAGUGGAUCCUUAUGAUGUUUAUAAAACAUGGUUAAAAGAAGCAAGCCACUUUGAGCACUCAGAAUUAUAAUCGAUCUUUGAAUGUGGGCACAAACUUGAUUGUUGCUGUGUCUUUUAUUGUAUAUAAACGAAAUACGUUUCUUACAUCUUCACAGUAGUGUGAUACAUAAAUAUUUCAAUUUAACUGCUGUUUAAAUACUGUAAAUAGUGUAAUUUGCAUGUAAAUAUAAUUCAUAUCUUAAUAUGUAUUUAAUCCAAGUGCCAUUUAUGAAAUGUUACAUUCUGUGUUUUUGUCUUUGAUAAACAAGUUGUCAGUACA